UUAAACGUGUAAUUUCUUUCAUUUAGAAAUAAAAAACGAGCUGCGCUGUUGAUGCACCAUUAUGGCUUUUGCAACACAACUGAUCAACUAUUCAAUGUCAUCGGUGGAAACAACCACGACUACUUUGAACGAGACAACACCUUCUCCGCCGGAGAGCGACACUUUAUUAAAGUACUUUACAGUUAUCUUUUGCACGUUAAUUUUUAUUGUUGGAAUUCUGGGUAAUAUUCUUGUCUUGCUUGUCUUUGGUUCUCGAUGGUCCAAACUAAAAACGUGUGAAAUGCUGAUGGUGAGUUUAGCCUGUUCAGACUUGAUUGGAUCGAUUAUUGUGCCAGGAAAAAUGUUGCUAGAGAAUAUGGAACAUAGUUUUCACGCGAUAGGGGACACUGGUUGCAAAAUUGUAUCGUUUUUAUCGAUGACGAGUAUUACCGUGUCUGCUUUAACGUUAGUUGUUAUAUCGAUUGAUCGCUUUGUAAUAGUAAGAUGGCCACUACGUAAACGGCCCGAACUUUGCACGAUAGUAACUGUAAUCGUUGUUACGUGGUUGAUUAGCAGUGGUGUUGGGUUCAGUUAUUUUGUCGGCGACAGAAUUCAACUUCAUCACGACAAACCAAUCGACAUUCACGUCUGUCGAGAUUUUGGUAGCGCAGAAACAAGAGAAAAACACAUUUUUAUUGCCCUAUUUGCCCAGCUCUUUCUUCCGAUUGUCUUGAUUUCCAUUAUUUACCCAUUGAUAAUAAUAGAGUUGGGAAAGUCUGCAAGAAACGAGUUGUUCGUGCACCACCAACAAGCAAUGCGACUGCGUAUAAAACGCAAUCGAAAAGCUGCGAAUUUAUUAAUAACGAUAAUUAUUGUGUUUUACGUUUGUGUUAUUCCAAUCAAUGUCUUUUAUCUCUUGUACAUGUACGGUGACCACAAAAUGAGUUUUCGUCUCACCAUUCGCAUUUUCACAAUUCUGCAGACGAUACAAAUGGCAAACAACUGUGCUAAUCCAAUCAUAUACAGCAAGUUACACACGUCGUUUCGACGUACGACGUUGAAACUAUUUUGUUCGUGUUGUAUUCGACGAGUUCGAAAUUACCGAUGGGAAACAUUUCGCAACACUUUAACAACUUCGUUUUCAGUCCGCAGUAAAAGAUGGUCGCGCAGUAGCAGCGCGUCAAAUCGAGAUCUGCUGACGUCACGAAAGAGAAGUAAUCCAGAAGAUUUAAAUCACAAUAAUAAAAGACAAGUCGACGUCAAACUUGCAGAUUCAUCGGCGACAAAUGUAACCGCAGGUACUUAUUAUGGCGAGGAGCAAUUUUCGAUAAAAAAUCAUUCACCGACGUUUCCAAAGCAACUGAGCGACGAUGACGAUGAAGUCUUUCAAUCGACGUCAAUGAUUCAUAAACAAGACAACUUGAAACAACCGUUACUUAAAAUGAAUAUAAACAAAAGUAGAAGCAGCGACAGAAGUGCGAAAGAUGAGCUCAUUCAAAAUGGUGUCGAAAGUAGCGAGGAAGUAUUCGUGCUUCAGGAACUCCCGAAUAACGGCAGCACGAUAAACGGAAACACCGAAGUUUAUCGCACAUAAGUCAUACUUCUCCAGUGGACAUAGUAAAAUAACUUUUAAUAACUAUUAGUAUAUAAAUAUUACGACAGUUACAAUUUUGAAAGUAUGAAUGAAAACAAAAUUGACAAAA